AAGUCGUUGAAUACAGAGAUUUAAUUUCAAUUUACGAAAUUUUUGAAGAACCAAUUCGUAGUAAAAUCAAAAUGAUCCUUAAAAAUCAUGGCCAUAAUAAUUCUUUAUUAAAAACUCAGCAAUUAUCUGAGGAGGUUGGAAAGAUUAAGAAGUCGGAUUUUAAGCAAGAAAUACUCAUGAAUGAUAGCGUACAAAUUGAUGCAUCAGUGAUGUAUUAUCGUGUUAAAUUUAACAAUAAAUUAAAGAGCGACAAUUAUCAGCUUUAUGGUAGCUUGACAACAACAUCUAGGCAGCAAGUUUAUGAAAAGAUUAUUAAAUUUAAAGAAAAAAAUAUCUUUGGAUUUUCCGUUAUUAUCGAAAACAUUUUAGAUAAAAACGUAAAAAAUUUUAAAAAAAUGAACAUAAACUGGAUGCUAGUUGGAAAUCCAGAAAUUAUUGAACAUUUGCAAGAAUUUGAAAAUCCUCAUGAUGAAAGUUCAAAUGAUCGAAAUUUAAUUGUUGUCGGAACUGGAAAGAAAACGAUUGAACCUAAUAAUAAACAAAAUUGGGAAAUUAGCAUUGAUACAAUUCCAAUACUUCCGUUAAAUGCAGUAUUUGCUUGCACAUUCAAAUAUCCAUUGUCGAACAAUGAACCAUCAUUUCUGGCUUCUAUUAAAUCUUAUAAUGAUGUAAACGGCACUUUAAUAGUGAACAUAGCUAAUCACACACACAACGUUUCAAAUAACCGUGAUAAAGAUGGUGCCAAUGGUGGCAAUACCUUCGAUUAUGAUGGUAACGAUGAUAAUUAUGUUAACGGUAAUGAUAUAAAAAUGACAUUGGAAGAGAAAUUGGAAUGCCAAAUAUAUUGGUGUAUUUAUCUUACAUCAACACAAGAAAUUACAAUUGGACAAUUUUGUAAUAACGUUGAUUAUCUUGCACAAACUAGGACUCAAUUUGAAAAAUUAUCAAACAUAACUACUAAAAUAUUAGAAAUAGAAAAGGAUACUGAAUUUAAAGACUUAGUUGUUCCAAAUUACAAGUUAAUUAAUGAACAAGUUGUACUUCCCGAAAGUGUGUCUCACGUAUCUUGCGUUGACGCAAGUUUCAUAUUACUUGAUGAGAUAAAAAAUAUCGUUAUAAAUCUUAGGAAAAGCAAAAAGAUCUUUGACCCAAUCAUUCAUUCUUCAUCAGAGACUGUUCGAGCCUUACAUUAUGUAAAGAAUGAAGCCGAAUUAUAUUUUCAACAAUAUGAAGAUGCUUUUAAUAAAUAUAAAAUUUCAUUAGAAAACAUAAAAGAGUUUGCAAAAGAAGUAGCGAAUAUAGAAAAGAAACGUUAUCUCUUUUUUCCGUAUAGGCAUGUAAAAGAGAAAUAUGAAAAAUUAUUAAAGGAACAUGAGAGUUGUAAAAAAAAAUUAAAUCCAAUUCUGAUUAAAGUUAUAAUAAACAAACAAGAGAGCCAACAAGACGAUUUUAAAAACAUUCAUGAGAUUUUAAAAACUAUUCCUAAUGACAAUAAAAACGAACACAUAAUCAGAAUUGAAACAAUAUUUCAAACCUUAUUCGAAAAAUCAAUUUUAGAAACCAGUAUUCCACGUAUCGAUUCCGCAUUAUUAUUUGAACCUCCUAUUGUAGGCGAUUCGAAAGUGAAUCUUGAAAAUGAACCAAAUAGAAAGUCAGAAUGGGAUCUAGAUGGCUGCGUACAAACGAAAAUUGUAAAGAAGACCUUUAAACGUAUUGUGGAAGUGGCAUGUGAACCCAUUACUGUUUUCGAACAAAACAUGUCAAUGUUGAGUGAAUUAAAGAGAUUUGAUGAAAGCAGAAAUAUCCUUAAAUUUUAUGGACUUUCAAAGGUUGACGAUGAUGAAAUGUUGGUAUUUGAAUGGGCAAGCUUGGGUAGUUUGAAGGAUGUCUAUGAGGAUAAGAACAUUCCUUGGGAUUUAAAAGUGAAAAUUGCAUAUAAUAUUUGUCAAGGUUUACUAUUUUUGAGUCAUAAUGACAUUCUUCAUCGUGAUGUUCGAUGUGAAAACAUAAUGAUGAACUAUUAUAUGGAACCGAAAAUUGCAAAUUUUUAUCUUGCCAAGCAUGCUUCAGAAAUAGCACCAGAUAACGAUCACAUCUCGGAUCAUAUCUUGAGUAUUAUCAAUUGGGCUGCACCUGAAAUGAUGCAAAGGAAUGCUUUAUAUACAAAAGAGUGUGAGGUGUUCAGUUUCGUAAUGCUCUUAUGGGAACUAGCUUUCCAAAAGAUUCCCUAUAAAAAAAUGAGUAAAGAAGAUAUUAUUAUUCAUGUUACAAAUGGUCGUAGAGAAUCGUCCCCUGAUCCACGUUUUUAUGUAUUGGAAUUUCUUAACAUUCAAAGAAAAUACUUAAGAAUCAUUGUAGAAGGAUGGAAUAAUAAACCGGAAAAAAGGAUUAAAAUGGACGAAAUUCUAUUGAGAUUUUUAGAAAUUGAAGCUGACCUAUCUAAACCUAAAAGAAAUAAUUCUGGUUCUGCCCAUUCGUCUGAUCAACUUGAUCAACUUUCACAUACACGCACUAGGGCUGCUUCAAUUCCGGUUAAGCCUAUUACCUUUCACAGGCGACGUGAAAUUCCGUUGAAACCAAAAGAAAGAGAAUUCAAGCCCGAUAAACCUACAACUCCGGAUUCUCCAGGAUUCAACCCUUCUCCUAAUACUUAUUAUCCAAAAGAACCUAAAAAAUCUAGACCAUCGUCAUUAAUUUUAACACCGAGUUUGGAACCUGUAAAUGAAUUGUAUCCUCCAUAUUUGACGGAAACACCGGCUGAGAUUGAUUCGUUCAUGAUCAAUCCAGAGACAUGGCAAAUAGAAAUACCAAGCAAGAUUGAACUGUCCAAUUUGAUUCCACCGAGAUCGUCAAUCAUAUCAAGCGUAAAUGAACCAAAUAAGACUUCAAAUUUAAUAAAACCUGAUGAAGCGAUUGAAGCACCAAAUAAGACUUCGAAUUUAAUAAAACCUGAUGAAGCGAUUGAAGCACUAAAUAAGACUUCAAAUUCAAUAAAACCUGAUGAAGCGAUUGAAGCACCAAAUAAGACUUCAAAUUUAAUAAAACCUGAUGAAGCGAUUGAAGCACCAAAUAAGACUUCAAAUUUAAUAAAACCUGAUGAAGUGAUUGAAGCACCAAGUAAGACUUCGGAUUUGAUAAAGCCUGAUGAAGUGAUUGAAACAUCUGAUAAAUCUUCGAAUUCAAUAAAAACUGAACCGAUCAAGGAACCAAAUGAAACACCAAAUUUAAUAGAAACAAACGAAGUAAAUGGAACUGAACAAUCAAAACAGUCGACUAUAAAUGGACCGAUAAAAACAAAUCAAGUAAAUGAAACUAAACCAUCCAAACAGCCAAAUGUAAAUGGACCAUCUGUUAUGAAAGUUGCUGACGGGACAAAACCAUCACAUGAAGAUGAUGAUUAUACCAAAUCAAUAAAAUCAAUAAAAUCAUCAGAUUAUGAAAAUGUGACAAAAUCGUUAGAAAAUGAUCCCAACAUACCAAAUGGUAUGAAAAUACCAUUAGAUAAUGAGCUAACGCUGUCGGAUAAUGAUGAGGUAAUAUUAUCAGAUAGCGACAACAAUAACGAUGAAGAGAUGGAAAAUAAUGAUCCAAUACCAUCGGAUAGUGAAAAAACAAAAUCAUCGGAGAAACCAAAGCCACAAAAUUUACAAGAUAUACCAAGUUCGAUAAGUAAAAAACUAAAUCACGGAUUGAUUAUCAACACGCAAAAAAUGCAGAUAGCAGGUCCUUCAGCAUGUGCCUUUAUGUCAAAACCGAAAAUGAACGUUUUAGAUACUAUAAAAUUUCAGGCAAAAUUAAUACUUUCAUCAAAAUAUAAGGAUUCCUUUUUAUUGGAGAAUCAUAUAGAAUCACCUACUGAUUUGGAUUGGAUAUCUGACGCGAAUCCUCAAAUCGAUAUAUCGCAAGUGAAUACCGUUUGUUUAGAAAUAAGAUAUGCAAAAGCCGAAGCCACUUUUGAAAAAGGUUCCAUAGAACCAUCAAAAGAAUUAACCAUUGCCAUUAAAAAGGCUCUAAAACAUAGAAAUCCAUAUCGAGAGUUAAUGAAAGCAUUCGAUUAUUUUGGUCAUUUCUUGCCUAAUAAAGUUAUACUUGGAGAUAAACUAUAUUCAAUAUCGAAAAAUUCAAGCGCAAAUCAAGAAUUAACAGAGUUAAAAAUCGAUAAAGAAUUUAAAGCGGCCGAUGAUUUUUCACAAAAUUGUACCGAUUACAAUGAUAUUAUUAAGCAAUGGGAAAAAUGCAUAGAAUCACAUAAUCUUGGUUCGUCACCUUUAACUACAAUUAAUGGUAAUGCUGUUAAGAAAAAUAAAAUUAAAGAAUGGGCAAUUUCUUGUUUAAAAAAGAGUUCUGAUUCAUGGAGUAUUAUCAGUUGGGAAGGUUUAUAUCCUUUGUAUGAAAUAUUAGAUGCAGAUUUAUGUCAAGAAGUCAAAUUAUGUCUCGGAAACGAUGAACAAGCGAUUAUUACCGGAAUUAAAGAAAAAGUUCUCAGAUCAGGCGUAAUACCGAUUGAAAAUUCACAAUAUCAAUAUUCUGUAAAAUUUGAUUCUCCACUAGAAUCAAAAAAUUAUCAGAUUUUCGGUAAAAUCUUGACACAAAGUGGCACCCCAUUUAAUAAAGCUGAUGUUAAAUUUAAAUCUAAAGAUGAGUCUGGAUUUUCAGCGAUAGUUGAAGAUUUUUCUAAUCAAUUUGUUCCAAAACCAGCAAAUGACGAUACAGGAAUAGAUAGUUGUGAGAUUCAAUUAAAAACUUCCGAAAAUUUGCAAUCAAACGCAGUUAUCAUUACCUCAUUCAAGUACCCUAAGUCAAACUACCAACAAUCUUUUAUAGCAAAAGUUAAAGAUUAUCGUGAUAAAACGAUCCACAUUAAUAUUAGUGUCAGAAAAAAUGGAAAAGAAUCUGUAGAUGAUGAUGACGAAGAUUUUGUAGAGAUUCCUGAACUUAAUUGGUGCGUUCUUCUAUUGGACGAUGAGGAUGAAACAAAUAAUUUGAGAGAAAUAGGUCAAAGUGUUCAUGCUAAUUAUUUAAAUUCAAAUAAUGAAUUAGAUUUGAGCUACAAGAAACUUGAUACUGAAAUAGGAAAUGAAUUGGUAAACUCUUUAAAAGGAAAUAAAACUAUUAGCAGCUUAGACAUAAGUUAUAACAAUAUUGGUUCAAAACUGGGAAAGGCACUCAUGAAAAUUUUAGUAGCCAAUGACACACUCACUCGCUUAAAUUUAAGCUCUACUAAUAUUGAGUCUGAUACAUUAGCUCUUUUAUUGAAGAUUUUAAAAGCUAAUAAAACCCGCCUUGCUGAUUUGAAUUUAAGCAAUAACGGUGAAAAACUCACUAAAAAAGGAAAAAUAUUGAUGGAAGCUUUAGGAAAAAACACAACUCUUAUCAGCUUAAACUUAAGCGACAAUCCUAUUGAUUGGUCCGAUGUAAGCUUUGUUCAUUUAGAAAGUAACAAAACUCUUGAGAAUUUAGAUUUAAGCAAUUGUAAUCUUUCUCCUAAAGUAGUAGAAAAAUUGAAGAAAUUCUUAAUAACUUCAAAGAGGCUUAAAGGAUUAAAUCUAAGUUCAAAUAAUCUUACUUUCCUAUCAGAACGCAUAAUUUCAGAAAUCUUGUCAAAAAAUAAAACUAUUAAAACUUUAAAUUUGAGUUCAAAUAAGAUUAGUUCGACAAUAGAGUCUUUAGAAAAAGGUGCAAGAACAAGUUUAACGGGCAGAUACAAGUCCAAGUCCAAGUAUGAAAUGUCCCGUCCUCUAAAAGUAAAUAAUUUGGCGGAAGCAAUAAAGAGAAAUAAAACUCUUAAGAAGUUGGAUUUAAGUUCCAAUUAUAUUCGUCUCGAAGCUGGAAAAGACUUAGCAAGAGCUUUAGCAAGCAAUAAAUUAAUUACCGAAUUGAACUUAAAUGAUAAUGAUAUUGUUCAUGAAAUAGGAGAGCUUUUAAUAAAUGUUUUAAUAAACAAUGAUAUUACCAGUAUAGGUUUAAGAUCAACAAAAAUCAGUUCUGGAAUGGUAAUAAACAUAUCACAAGAAUUAAAGUCGAAUAAAAUUAAACUCCGGUAUUUAAAUUUGAGUCGUAACGAAAUUAGCAGUGAUGCGAUGGAAGCUUUAGUAGAAGCUUUAGAAGAAAAUACGACACUCAAAAGUUUGGAUCUGAGCAACAUUACAGGAGCGGGACAAACAGGACGAGCAUUAGUAAAGUCUUUAGAAAAAAAUCGAACACUAAAAACUUUAAAUUUAAGUAACUGUAAUAUUCGUAAUAGCGUAGUAACUGCUUUAGAAAAGGCUUUACAAACAAAUGACAUACUCACUGAUCUAGAUCUAAGUUACAAUGCACUUCCAAUGAGUAACUUGAUAAAAGCUUUAGAGAGAAAUAAUUCACUCACUAAACUGAAUAUAAGUUACAGAGAUUUCCAUUUAAAAGAAAUAGAAGCUUUAGCGAAUGUUUUAAAAGUCAAUGACACAAUUACUCAUUUAUAUUUAAGUAGAACUAUGGAUGAUCCUGAAAACGGAAAAGUUUUAUUUGAAGCUUUAGAGGUGAACAAGAAACUUACUGAUUUGGAUUUGAGUAGAAAUAAUAUUAGAGAAAUAGAAGUUAUAGCUAAGGCUUUAUUAAAUAACGUAUCUCUUCGAAGAGUAGACUUAACGUCUAAUCAAAUCGAAAUCCCUGAGUAUAACCAAUCAAAUAAUGGACCUGCCAUGCAUUUUUUAUUGAGCAGUACAAUCAAUAGUAAUAUUGCCUCAUAUCAACUUCGAAUUUGGGGUAUUAAUAUCGCGUCAAAAAAUGAUGUUUCAAGUGCUUUGUUAACUGAUGAUAAUGAAUUGAAAGAAGAAAGAAACACUAUUGCAAAUACUUUUUGUGAGAUAGAAAAUAAUAAUAUUCGAGUUUUAGUCGAAAUUCCUGUCGUGGGUGAAUCUAUUUCUGUGAAGGAUCUCAUGCAUGACUUUGAAAAGAUGAGCUUGUCAAGUAAAUUUGGUGAUAUGAGCUUGUCUACUUCUAAUUCCCUUUCGAUACUAUUAAAAACUACGAAAACAAAUUUGGAAAGCAUAAAUAGAAUUUUGGAGUACAUGAAAGAACUUUCGAAUAACAUAAAAGGAUUUUCAGAUAACAUAAAAGGAGUUUUGGAUAACAUGAAAAGAGUUUCAGAUAACAUGAAAGGAGUUUCAGAUAACAUGAAAGAUGUUUCAGAUAACAUGAAAGAAUUUUCAAAUAACAUGCAAGAACUGAUUCGAAUUGAAAAAGAAUGA